UUGGAGUCACUUCACGCACGAUAUGGCGCGGUCACGUGCAUACAGGUGGGGUGAAGACGGACUUAUGGGCAUCACGGAUAGACAGUGUCGUUUAUGUAUGGCACUAGCGCUCUGGAACACAAAAGAUCCAAUACUUAAAGAGAGGCUGUAUGGACUUAAUGGACAUCAGGGAAAUCACGGAGAAGAUGUUAAAGAAUUGUAUUAUUACCUGGACAACACACCAACACAUUCAUACAUGAAGGCACUCUAUAAAUAUCCACAGAAAGAAUUCCCGUAUGCUGAAAUAGAGAGAGAAAAUGCAAGAAGAACUGUCAAUGAUCCGGAAUAUGAAUUGUUAGAUACAGGCAUAUUUAACGAAAGCCGUUACUUUGAUGUAGUGGCUGAAUAUUGUAAAGGAACUCCGAAUGAUAUUCUUGGACGAUUUACUAUAAUAAACAGAGGUCCCGACCGGGCCACCAUACAUGUUCUCCCAACACUGUGGUACAGAAAUAGCUGGGACUGGGGAGAUGAUUGUGACAAUUCAGUUGAAGUUAAACCUAUGGUACAACAUAUAAAUAAAGAUCCCGCGGGCAUGGUGAGAUGUGAACAUCCAACAUUAGGUGAGUCCCAACAGAGGGCAAGAUUAAACAGUAUGGACAGAUACGUUGAAGAUUUAGAACCGGUGCACAGGGGUACAGAUAAUUUGUUCAAUCUUGGGCAUUCUGUCAAUGGCUAUGAUGAAGGGAUAUUUCGUAUGGAAUAUGGACCACACCCUAAGGGAAAGGAGGUACCGUUAUUGUUUACCGACAAUGAGACGAACUACAUGAAACUGUAUGGUGUUAAAAAUAGAUCAAAAUAUCAAAAGGAUGCAUUUCAUGACUAUGUUAUAAACGGUAUGAAAGAAAAAGUAAAUCCUAAAAACUUCGGAACAAAAUGUGCCGGCCAUUACGUCCUUGACCUUGAACCUGGAGAGGAAGCUGUCAUCAAAGUGAGGCUGUAUCAAAGUGGUGAGUCACCACCAGCACAACAGACAUUUGCUCCAAACUGGUUUGAUCGAGUAUUUGAGCAAAGAAUUGUGGAGGCAGAUUUGUUUUAUGAUGAGGUAAUUCCAAGCAGAGGUAAACAAGAACGGCUGAUAGCGAGACAGGCAUAUGCUGGAUUAUUGUGGACGAAACAGUUCUAUUACUACAUACAAAAAGAAUGGCUUAAUGGAGACGAGACUCAACCGCCGCCACCGGAAACAAGAAAGAAAUGGGGACGUAACCGAGACUGGAAACAUUUAUUUAACAGAGAUAUUCUUUCUGUACCAGAUAAAUGGGAAUAUCCAUGGUACGCAUCCUGGGACCUUGCCUUCCACAUGAUUCCAAUGUCUAUGAUAGAUAUACAGUUUGCCAAGUCACAGUUAGUCCUUCUUCUUAGAGAGUGGUACAUGCAUCCAAACGGACAG